AUGCCCAUAAUCCAAUUCUCACCCUUCUCCUCGGUCGUGUCUCCUGCCUUCUGGCACAAACUCACCGAACUCAAGAUCGACGUCCUCCGACUCUCUGAUGCGCCUUUGACGAUCUCGGGGACCUAUACCGCAGGACGGAGCAUCGUCGAUCGGGAGACGGGGCAGGAGGUGGUGCUGCCGUGCUCGUUUGGGGUUGAGGGGGAGAGCUUUGAGGUGUCGGGUGUUACUGGGGUUGGUGUUGGUACUGGUGGGGUAGGAGGUGUGAGUGUAGGAGAAGGAGGAGGAAGAAGGAAGGGAACGGUGAAGGUCCAGGGGACGUUCAAGAACUUUAACACCAUCGAGGAGUUUAAGAGUAGUGAUAAGACUGCGUUGUUUAACGAGGAGGCGCAGAAGGUGCGUCUUCAUCUCUCCCUCCAUCUCUUUCCUGCCCUUCCGCCUCACAACCAACCAAUCACCAACCAAUCACUAACCAAUACCUACGCGACACGGCAGAUCUGGACCUCGAUCCUGACGACGAAAUCCACGAAAGAGCUGACCCGCUUCUUCCUCAUCUCCUUCGCUGAUCUCAAGAAAUACAAGUACUACUACUGGUUCGGCUUCCCCGCCUUUGUCGCCAAACCCGCUUGGGAGAUCGGGAGUGAGGGGUGGAAGAGUGCGAAGGAGAGGUUUAGUGCUGAUCAGCUCUCGUCUAUCGACGCCCAAAUCAAGGAUCGGCCGUUCUUCCUCGUCGCUGGUACACCCAAUGGUGAUUAUACGGUUGGGAAUGUGGAGGAUUACGAGACGUUUUUCAAGGGUGUUGCGACAGAGAACCGCAUAAUCGGCUUCAUCGACCCCUCCGCCGACCCCGCCAACCCAGGCUGGCCACUCCGCAAUCUCCUCGCCUACCUCCGCGCCCUCCACCCCGAGUCUACCUCUGAACUCACCGUCCUCAGGUGGAGGGACACGCAGAAUUCCAAGUUGGGGGUUGUUACGUUGAAUGUUGAGGGGACCUCGAAUGCGACCCCGUCGGUGGACGAACGGCCCAGCGCUGUUGGGUGGGAGCGAAAUCCGCAGGGCAAGCUUGGAGCUAGGUUGGCUGAUUUGGGGCCUAUGAUGGAUCCUACGAGACUCGCCGCUCAAGCCGUCGACCUCAACCUCAAACUCAUGCGAUGGCGUAUCCUCCCCCAACUUGACCUCGAGAAGGUGCGCGAUACGAAAUGUUUGCUGUUGGGUGCUGGGACGUUGGGGUGUUAUGUUGCGAGGGGGUUGAUGGCCUGGGGCGUGCGCAACAUCACCCUCCUCGACUCUUCACGCGUCUCGUUCUCGAAUCCGGUUCGACAACCUCUGUUCACGUUUGAGGAUUGUUUGGAUGGGGGGAGGCCUAAAGCUGAAUGUGCUGCUGAGCGGUUGAAAGCGAUUUUCCCUGGUGUGAAUGCGCGUGGUGUGGCGCUUAGUAUUCCGAUGCCUGGGCAUCCGGUCGGGGCUGGGAGUGUUGAGCAAGUGAAAGCGGACGUGGCGAAGCUGGAACAACUCAUCGAAGAGCACGAUGCUGUGUUUUUGUUGAUGGAUUCUAGGGAGAGUCGGUGGUUGCCUACUGUUAUUGGGGCUAGUAAAGGCAAGUCCCUCACGGAUCGAACGCUCGACCAGAUGUGUACCGUUACGAGGCCCGGUCUUGCGCCUAUCGCUGCUGCGACGGCUGUUGAGCUGUUGACGAGCGUGUUGCAGCAUCCUGAUGGGAUCCACGCGCAACCCCCACCCCCUUCCUCAGCAGGAGGCGCAGGGGACUUCCUACCGACUUCAUCUUACGCUGAGCAAGGCGGGAGCGUGCUCGGGAUGGUACCGCACCAGAUCCGUGGGUUCCUUGCUCAGUUUAGGAAUUUGCAGUUGGUUGGGAGUGGGUAUGAGCGGUGUGUUGGGUGUAGUGAAGCUAUCCUCCAAGCAUACGAAUCCCAAGGUUUCGCGAUGCUUCUUAAAGCGUUUAAUGAAGACAAGUACCUGGAAAAGUUGAGUGGGUUGGAUAAGCUUGCGGAGGAGGGUGAGGCUGUGCUUGAGGCUGUUGACUGGGAGGAGGACGGUGGGGAUGAUUUUUAG